GUAGCCCCAAUCUUCGAAGUCUCAAUUUCGCAAAUUCACUCUGCUACAAAUAGCAUGAAGUCCUAAUAAUCAUGACGGGCAUUCUCUUAGGGCGGGAACGGGGCUUCCGACUACCCCUUGACCCAGCGUGGACGUCCGAAGAUGAAUACAUCCAGUCGGUGUUGACCUUCGCCACGAGCUCCGACCUCUUUCGGAAUCUUUGCGGCGGAGUCCAUAUUCUUGAUUUCCUGACGCGGGAGCCAGACCUGUACACAACUGUCCUGCCCCCGGAAUGGCGUGCCUGGUUCGACACGGUGGACAUUGACGACGUGCUUGAUCUACUUCUCCGAAGCGACUUGACUGACCGCUCCCAUGCAUCAUCCUCGACCACCUCCAGUGCCAGCCACUCGCCACCGGCAAGUUUGCUGGAGUAUGUGCGAACAAUCUGCAAACACUGCCUUCAGAGGCACUUCACUCCGGUCUCAGACGACGUGACGGACAUGCCGAGAAAGCUCUCGGUGGGCAUGAAGACCAAGAAGAUCCACGAGGUCACGAAUUUUGCCGCGUAUGUGGACCGGCUCUCCGACCACAUAUCCCACAGACUCCGGGAGCCGGUCUCGGUGAUCGACUUCGGUUCCGGGCAGAACUACCUGGGUCGCACGCUGGCGUCGCCGCCGUACAACAAACACGUGGUGGCCAUUGAGCGGAAGCAUCACAACAUUGCCGGCGCGAGGACGAUGGACGUCCACGUGAAACUGGCGCAGAAGGAGAAGAUCAUGCGCAACAAGAAGGAAUGGAAGCGGCAGAUGGCGCGGAAGGACGGCGACGGCGAGCCCACUCCUCCCCCUUCCGCGGAAGAGCUUGAGGCGGAACCAGCGCCGGUGCCGGACAUGUUCGCGGCGGCCAAGAUACUGGAUAACCAGGACUUGGACCCAGAUAGGGGAUCCAUGACGUAUAUCGAGCACGACGUCCAGGACGGAUACCUCGAGACCGUGCUUUACCCAACCGAACCCAGUCACGAAGGAAACGAAGAACGAGAAGAAAACGUCGAAAGUCCUCCAACGACGACGACGACGACGACGACGACGACGACAACACCGCCGACGAACCAGCCCGUGGCCGAAAACACCGGCAGGCCCAAGGCGAUGGUCGUCUCGCUCCACUCGUGCGGCAACCUGUCGCACCACGGGCUGCGGGCGCUGACGCUCAACCCGAGCGUGUGCGCCGUCGCCAUCAUCGGGUGCUGCUACAACCUGCUGACCGAGCGCCUGGGGCCGGCGACGUACAAGCUCCCGCAGUUGCGCCCGAACCACCCGCGGCUGGAGGCCACGGGGUCGGCGUACGACCCGCACGGGUUCCCGAUGUCGCGCACGCUUGAGGACUUCGAGCUCGGCGAGAGCGGCGGCGGCGGCGGCGGGCGCGGGGUGCGGCUGAACAUCACGGCGCGGAUGAUGGCGGUGCAGGCGCCGUACAACUGGGGGCCCGCGGACAGCGAGGCCUUCUUCCGCCGACACUUCUACCGCACGCUGCUGCAGAAGAUCCUGCUGGACCUCGGCGUGGUCAAGCAGUGUCCCGACCGGGGCAUGCUGGAAGCGACGGCCGUGGCGGGCGGCAGCGUCACGGGGCGCGACGAGGCGGGCACGCCGCUGAUCGUCGGCUCGCUGCGCAAGGCCUGCUUCGCCAGCUUCCGUGCCUACGUGCACGGCGCGCUGGCCAAGUUGCGCGCCGACCCCGUCGACGGGCCCAUGGUCGCGGCCCUGACCGACGGAAAGCUCACGGACCCGGUCAUCGACGAGUACGAGCAGCGGUUCCUGCACGCGAAGAAGAACCUCGCCGUCAUCUGGAGCCUCAUGGCCUUCAGCGCCGGCGUCGUCGAGAGCAUCAUCGUCGCGGACCGCUGGCUGUUUCUGCGAGAGCAGGACGACAUCGAGGACUGCUGGGUCGACAUUGUCUUCGACUACAAGCAGAGCCCGAGGAACUUUGUCGUCGUGGGGAUCAAGAAGCAAGACUGAAGGAGCUCGGCUCGGCUCAACUCUCACACAAAGUAACCUGUUUUCUAAUUGUGGGGGGGG